GUUCUUUCACUAUUGUUGUAGGUAAAAUGCAGUACCCACAUCCACAUAUGCCAGAUAACAAUCCCCCAUCUGGUAUUCCAAGAGGUUAUCCAUAUGGUCCUAAUGCUAAUUUACCUGCUUCAAAUCCAGAAUAUCCACCUAUACUAACUGGAUAUCAACAUAACAUGCCAUCUGCUCCUGCACCAUAUCCAGCAGUCAGUCCAUAUGAUGCAAGAGGUUUUCCAUCUGCUAGUUUGAGUGGGAAUUCUGGUUAUCCUAGUAGUCAGCCUUCCAGUGGCUCAACACCUUAUCCACCCAGUGGCUCUUCAUUUUGUCCUUCAACUGGCUCUUCACCAUAUCCUCCAAUUAGUAGUUCUCCUUAUCCUCUUGGUGGUUCUUCACCUUAUCCUGCUGGUUCAUCAUCAUAUCCUCCUACAAGUUCUUCACCAUAUCCUUCUACUGGUUUUUCACCUUAUCCUUCUGGUGGAAUGUCAGCUUAUCCUUCUAGCAAUUUAUCCACUGCAUCAAAUCCCUCUACUGGAGUUUUGAGUAUGCCUGGUUUAUAUCCAAAACAGAGUACAAAUUAUUCCCAGUACCCUAGUCAUGAGGGUCCAAGAGGAUUUCAGCAAAAUCAUACACAGAAUAUGGCCCAUUAUAUUGCAGGAGAAGGCACUGUAAAACCCUAUCCAAACUUUGAUCCUAAACAGGAUGCUGAGGCUCUUAGAAAAGCUAUGAAGGGAUUUGGAACUGAUGAAAAAGCAAUCAUAAAAGUUUUGGCAAAUCGUUCUAAUUCUCAAAGAGUUUAUAUUAGUGUAGCAUUUAAGCAACUAUAUGGCAAAGAUUUGAUUGCUGAUUUAAAAAGUGAACUAACUGGAAAUUUUGAAGAUGUUAUAGUCAGUUUGAUGACUCCAUUAAAUGAUUAUUUAGCUUCUGAACUUCAUAGAGCCAUGUCUGGAAUAGGUACAGAUGAAGAUGUGCUUAUUGAGAUUUUAUGUACUCGAACAAACCAAGAAAUUUGGGCUGUUAAUGAAGCUUAUAAAAGAUUGUAUGGGAAGUCUGUAGAAAGUGAUAUUAAAAGUGAUACUUCUGGUCACUUCCAGAGACUUCUUGUAUCAGCUUGUACUGGUGCCAGAAGUGAAGCACCUCCUGAUCCAGUAAAAGCAAAACAACAUGCACAGGCUUUAUAUCAAGCAGGUGUUGGGCAAUGGGGUACUGAUGAAUCUGUAUUCAAUUCUAUCCUUGUUGCAGAGAGUUUUCAACAGUUAGCCCAUACUUUUUAUGAAUAUCACCAACUGAGUGGCCAUUCAGUAGCUAAAGCAAUUGAAAAAGAAAUGUCUGGUGAUUUGAAAAAAGGAAUGUUAGCAAUAGUGCAGAGUGUUGAAAAUCGUCCAUUCUAUUUUGCAGAAAAAUUAUAUAAAGCUAUGAAGGUGGGUCUUGGUACAGAUGAUAGAACUCUUAUACGUGUAGUAGUAUCCCGUUGUGAGAUAGACAUGGUUCAGAUCAAAGCAGAGUAUGAACGAAAUUAUGGGAAACCUUUAGCAGAUGCAAUUGCUGAUGAUACAUCUGGUGAUUACCGAAGAGUUUUGGUUGCCCUGGUCAAUGGAAUCUAAGUGUAUUUUUCUUACUUAUACUGCAAAUCCAUGUAAAAGCAUUUAUGUAAACUUAGGUGCAAGUCUAUGUCAUUUUUCGAUAUGCUUUCUGUUUUUUGUAGCCUUUUUUACAGUGAUCUGAGAAGCAGUUGUCAAAAUGUACCAGAAGUUGGAAUUCAACAAAACUUAAGAUUUUAUCUUUGCUAGUUUUAAAGCAACAUUAUAUUAAAAGGUACAAUGAAACCUUGGUUCAUGAAUAUAAUUUAUUCCUAAAGCCCAUUUGGCAUCCAAAAGUUUCAUAAACCAACACUAUUUUUCCAGUAGGAAUUCAUGUAAAAUGGAUUAAUCUGUUCCUCACAUAUGAUUGCUCAUUUAAAAUUUUACAACAGGUCUUUGAAAUUAUUAAAUAUAAGGGAAAAAAGGUAAAUAUAAUCUUAAAUAAUUAAAACUUAAAUUUUUUUUGUACCUGUAUAAAGGAGAGUGGAUAACAUACAUGCUGAGCGAGGAAGAAGAUAUGCUAUUGUUUGAAUGAGGAUGCCCUUCUCAUAAAAAAUCAGAGAAUAGUAAUGUCUUUCUGGAAUAUUUUUUUCUUUUCUUUGCCUCUUAAUACAACCCAGCUUGCAGUCUUACAGAGUUUCUAUUUACCUUAAAAUUUAUCCAAUGUGAAUUAUUGUUUACAUUUUAAAAUGUUUCUUAAGUGAUACAUGAUAUUAUCACUAAAAAUAACUCUGAAGCUUAUUACUGCUUUAACAGGGUGAUAUCGUUAUAUGAAAACUUUGAACGUUACCCCAUAUUGUACAGAAUUUGUGGAUUAAAGAAUUAGCAUCAUCUUAUCAUCCUUCCUCUGAAGACAUUUGCUCCACAAUUGCCUUAUGUUGCUUCUUCUAAAAUUGUUAGUUCUUUCUUGUUGAACUCUUUUUUUUUUUUUUUUUUUUUUUACGAUCCUAUAGUACAAAGUCUUCAUCGUUAACUCCCAAUCCCUUGGUUUUGCCUAAAGACACAAUUUCAUAAAUAAUAAAGAAAUCCUCAAAGUCUUAUCCUGCAGCACAAUUUGGCCAUAAUUUCCUUCAGGCUGAAUUCAUGGUGCUGUCAGUCACUUGCUGCAAGACUUGAGAGCUAAAACUGAAAAGUAUUAGAAUGAUGCUUCCAGAAAUCCUUGAAUGCUAAUUCUGUGUCACAGAUUAUUUCCAAACACCUUUAAAAAUUACUGUUGCUUGCUUCACUAUUCAUAAUUUAAGACACUGUUCAUAACAUGAGACUUUUGUUUAUUUAAUUUGUUCGUGAUCUGAGGUUCCAUUGCAUAUCUUUAUUAAACAUGAAUCAAAGUGCUUAUAGCAGACUCUGUUCUGAACAUAUUUUGUGAAGCACUUUUAGAACUUUACUAUUAUCCUGAUGAAUAUAAAUUGUAUGCAGUAUUUUUUAACCAAAAUAAAUAAAGAGUAUAUUGAUCCCUUUGUUUCAAAAAAGCCAUAAUUUUAUUUUUUGAAUUUUAAUUUUAUGAAAAGAGUUAUUGCCUUAUGUGUUUUUUUUUUAACUUUCAAAUUUUAUUUUUUAUAUAUGAGCUUAUUUGUUAGCCUUAAAUCUUUUAGUGUAUGUAUAUUUUAAUGUUUUCAUGAAGUAUUUCCAGUUUGUUACUAUAUAGAUUUUGUUAUAUAUGCCAUAAGUACUGUAAAUUUUUUUAUAAAUUACUAUUGAUAUGAAGAUUUUUGUUGGCUUUUUCACAAUCUGAAAAGUGAUUUUUCAGAUGUUUUUCUUUCCCUUAAGCAAGAUUUCCAGAAUUGAAUGUAAUAAAAUAAUAUUAAAUGUUUAUUUUAUUGGAGGCAAAUAUCAAUGUUGUUAUUUUUAGAUAUCUGUUGCAAGUUAAAUUAUAAGAAUGCUUGCAUGUUUAUAUCUUUAUAACUUAAAUAACUAGUUUAAAUUUUUUUCUGUACUUAACUUUUUUUUUAACCAGGGAAUUCUGAAUCGUCAAAGAUUAUUUUAGAAAUUUCUUUUUGUUAAAAAUAAUACUAGAAUUCUAAAUUUCUAUUGAGCUUUUUUUUUUUUUUUUUUUUUUU